CUUCUCCUGCAGUGAUAAACAAAUCCAGUCCGACUAGUUUAAGUUGAAGUGAAACCUUCAGCAGUGUCUGUUUUGUAAAGAGAGAAUGAAGAACAGCUCUUGAAGAAAAGAUACAGGGGUAAUUACUGAAUUUCUGACUGGACUAAAGACAUUUCAGACACAGAGAGAGCAGAAAACAACUGAACUGUACACAGAGAGAUAUUUCAGACAAAGACUUUCAGGAGACGCAAUUAAGGAGACCUGACUGUGUGUGUGAUUACAGGAUUAGGUUUAAUCUGAAGGAGGAGGUAUGACCUCCAAAAUGAGCUCCUCUGAGGAACAGGACACACAGAAAGCUGAGAGACUGGUUCAGGGUCAGAGAUCUGACUCACCUGAACCCAGCUGUGUGUCCAUGAAGAGUGACGAGUCAGUGGACAGAAUAAUAAAGUUCAGAGAGGAUAACAGCUCUACUGAGCUCAGUCUGAACUGGAGAGAAAGACCAGACUCACCUGAACCCAGCCAUGUGUCCGUGAAGAGUGACCGGUCAAUGAGCCCUCCACUAUUCAUCAGACAGGAGAACCAUUCUACUGAGCUCAGAGACCAAAAAGAGACAAGGGAAAAUAUGGAGUCCAUAUUCAAGGAGCUGGAGCACAAAGUCAUCUCCAUUGUGAAGAAUCAGCUGAAGAAGUUUGUGAAGCUAAUAAGUCUGGAUUAUCCAGCAUGCUCUGAGAGAGAGGUGGAGGAUGAGGAGGAUCAGAGCAGUGUCAGAGAGGGGGUGCUGAAGAUCACACUGCACAUCCUGAGGAACAUGAACCAGACAGACCUCGCUAACAUGCUACAGACUAAGCUGGCUCCUCUUUGCCAUCAAAGGCUGAAAUCCACACUCAGGGACAGGUUUCAGAAAAUUCAUGAAGGAAUCUCAAAUCCUGGAACCUCACUCCUUCUGAAUGAGAUCUACACUGAGCUGUACAUCACAGAGGGAGGCAGUGGAGAGGUCAAUAAUGAGCAUGAGGUCAGACAGAUUGAGACAGCAUCCAGGAGACCAGCAACACAGGAGAUAUCCAUCAAAUGCAAUGAUAUCUUUAAAAAUAAAUCUAUCAGAACUGUGUUGACUAAAGGAGUUGCUGGAAUUGGAAAAACAGUCUCUGUGCAGAAAUUCAUUCUGGACUGGGCUGAAGGAAAAGCAAAUCAGGAUGUCCUCUUCAUAUUUCCACUUCCUUUUAGAGAGCUGAAUUUGAUAAAGAAAAAAAUCAGUCUGUUGGCUCUUCUUUAUGAAUUUUUCGCAGUUACAAGGGAAUUAAAACCUACAGAGUAUUAUCAUUAUAAUGUUGUGUUCAUCUUUGAUGGACUGGAUGAGUGUCGACUUCCUCUAGAUUUCGAGAACAAUGAAAACUUAUGUGAUGUAACACAGUCAGUCUCAGUGGAUGUGCUGCUGACAAACCUCAUCAAAGGGAAUCUGCUUCCCUCUGCUCUCCUAUGGAUAACCACUCGACCAGCAGCAGCCAAUCAGAUCCCUCCUGACUGUAUUAACCAGGUAACAGAGCUACGAGGGUUCAGUGACCCUCAGAAAGAGGAGUACUUCAGGAAAAGGAUCAGUGAUCAGAGACUUGCUGAUAGAAUCAUUACACACAUGAAGUCAUCUAGAAGCCUCUACAUUAUGUGCCACAUCCCAGUCUUCUGUUGGAUUGCAGCCAAUGCUCUAGGGAGAGUGUUGGGUGAAGCAGAGAGUGGAGAGACCCCCAAGACUCUAACUCAAAUGUUCACACACUUUCUUGUGUUUCAGAUCAAACAUAGCAACCAAAAGUACAACCAAAAAAGUGACAGUGAUAAUGAACAGACAAGAAAGAUUAUUCUGGCUCUGGGAAAACUGGCUUUCCAACAGCUUGAAAGAGGCAACCUGAUCUUCUAUGAGGACGAUCUGAGAGAGUGUGGCAUUGAUGUCAGAGAAGUGUCAGUGUACUCAGGAGUGUGUACCCAGAUCUUCAGAGAGGAGUUUGGGCUGCAACUGGGGAAAGUUUUCAGCUUUGUUCAUCUGAGCAUUCAGGAGUUUCUGGCUGCUUUAUAUGCAUUUCUAUCCUUCUUCUACAACAACAUAAAUGUGCUGUUACAGCCAGACAUUGGAGGUUUUGCUUUUGUCAAAAAUUCAACAAUGUCAGACUUUCUUAAGAGUGCAGUGGACAAGGCCUUACAGAGUGAGAAUGGACAUCUGGACCUUUUCCUCCGCUUCCUUCUGGGCCUCUCACUGGAGUCCAAUCAGACUCUCCUACAAGGCCUACUGAUGCAGACAGGAAGCAGUUCUCACAGCAAAGAGGAAACAGUCCAGUACAUCAAGCAGAAAAUCAGGGAGAAUUCCUCUCCAGAGAAAACAAUCAGUCUGUUCCACUGUCUGAAUGAACUGAAUGAUCAUUCUCUGGUGCAGGAAGUCCAAGCAUGCCUAAACAAAAAAGGUUCCAGUGGUCUCACGGGAGCUAUGCUCUCUCCUUCUCAGUGGUCAGCUGUAGCGUUUGUGAUGCUGAAUUCAGAAGAGGAGAUGGAUGAGUUUGACCUCAAUAAAUUUGUCCCAUCCGAAAAAUGUCUUCUGAGGCUGCUUCCAGUAGCUAAAGCCUCCAGAAAAGUUGUAUUGUAUAAUUCCACUAUUACAGGGGAAGUCUUUGCUGCUCUGGUUUCCGCUCUGAAAUCAAACCCCUCACACCUGAGAGAGCUGAAUCUGAACUACAGUCAACCAGGAGAGACAGGACUGAAGCUGCUCUCUGAUCUACUAAAGGAUCCACACUGUAAACUGGAGAAACUACAGCUUGAAUUCUGCAGGAUUACAGAGGAAGGCUGUGCUGCUCUGGUUUUAGCUCUGAAAUCAAACCCCUCACACCUAAGAGAGCUGAAUCUAAAUUACAAUAAACCAGGAGAGUUAGGAGUGAAGCUGCUCUCUGAUCUACUGAAGGAUCCACACUGUAAACUGGAGAAACUACAGCUGGAAUUCUGCAGUAUUGCAGAGGAAGGCUGUGCUGCUCUGGCUUCAGCUAUGAAAUCAAACCCCUCACACCUGAAAGAGCUGAAUCUGAACUACAAUAAACCAGGAGAGUCAGCAGUGCAGCUGCUUUCUGAAUGGCUGAAGGAUCCACACUGUAAACUGGGGAAACUACAGAUCUGUGACUCUUCACAAUUAAGUGAGCUGAAUCUAAAUGACAAAAAAGUAGGAGAUUCAGGAGUGAAGCUGCUCUCUGACCUACUGGAGGAUCCACACUGUAAACUGGAGAAACUGCAGUGAGUUACUGAAUUAUUAUUUCACUACCUAAGAACACACAGACGUCCACACACAGUGUCACUGCCAAUGUCAAUUAUGCCGACAC